CUGCACAGUAUCACACCGUCCAUGGUAAUUGACAGGCUUCGUCUCGUUUCCAUUUUCAGAGCUCUCUCCUAGAGCCUAAGUGAGGGGAAAACAAAGAGGAAGAAGAGAACCCAUUUGGAUUUUUAGCUACUCAUGAUGAAGGAUUCCAAGAGGAAACUCGUGUUAAUCGAUGAAGAUGAUGAACACGAUGAUGGAGUCCAAGUAAUGGACAGAAAGGGAGAGAAUGUUAUUCUAGAAGAUGAAGACGAAGAGUAUGAUGAGGAUGAUUUGGAUGAGUUUGAGAAUGAUGGGUUUAUAGUUGAUGAUGAGGAGGAAGAGGAAGGCGAACAAGGUGGGAAAGACAGACAAAAAAGGAAGAAAAAGAAGAAAAGGAAACUAGUAAAGGAUGUGAUUCUUGAUGAUGAUGAUUUUGAGUUGCUCCGAGAAAACAAAAUCUCUGGAGUAGUACACUCCUAUAAUGUCGGAAAUGAAAAGUUCAAGCGGCUCAAAAAAGCUGAAUCUUCUAAGAACACAGCUGAUUUUGGGUUUUCUGAUGACGAUGCUUCAUUAUACGAUGGUGAUGCUGAAGAAGAGGAAGCUGUGUCCAGUGAUAAAGAUGAUGAAAUGGCAGAUUUCAUUGUUUUCGAUGAAUUAGGAGACAAGAAAGGGGUCCCAAGGCAACAAAGGUUGAGAGAAAAUAAGCCACAGCAAGUAACAUUGGCUUCAUCUCUAGAAGAAGCUGGCUGCACGUUUGGCAACGCAGAUGAAAUUCUAAAGCGUCAUCUAGUUAAGAUUGUCAAACCAGAUAACUUUUAUGAGUUUGAGCUGGAUAAUUACACAACUAUGAGGGAUUACAGUAUAAUUAAGGAGAAUGAUGUGCCCGAGAGGAUGCAGAUAUUUGAAGAAAUUUCUGGACCAGCUCCAGUUGAUGAAAUCAGUAGAGAUGAGGAGAGUUCUUGGAUACUUAAUCAACUUGCUGCAAAUAUAAAUAUUCUGUUGUGCAAGAAGAAAGCUCAGGAAGAAAGUGUGAUGAACAUAGAUCUACUUAAGAAGAUUAACAAGGAAGAUAUCAUGAGGUUUCUGGAAUUGCGUCAUCUGGAGAAGUAUGACAUUCCAUUUAUUGCUAUGUAUCGAAAGGAAAAGUGCCUUAGUCUGUUGCAAGAUCUCGAGGAAGAUGACAUAGAAAACAAAUAUGAUAAUGAUGGAAUAGAAGGUACCAGACUGAAGUGGCAUAAGAUUCUCUGGGCUGUGAAUGAACUGGACAAGAAGUGGUUGCUUCUUCAGAAGCGAAAGAAUGCCCUUGAGACGUGUUACAACAAACGUUAUGAAGAGGAAAGUUGCACUGCUAGUGAUGUGGUGAAGUUUCGUUGGCUUGAGCAGCAAUUUGAUACAAUAAUGAAGUCUCUAAAGCUAGCUGAGACAGAGACAGAUAUUAAUGAUUUGGACAUGAAGUUUAUGUUGCAUUUUCCUCCACCUGAAGAGGGCAUCGUAAGCAAAUUCAAGUUGCCAAAAAGGAGAUCAGAAUACAGUAACUGUAGCAAGGCUGGACUAUGGAAGCUUGCAAGGAAGUUUGGAUGCAGUUCUGAGCAAUUUGGAUUGCAUCUUACACUAGAAAAAGUGGGAAUGGAAUUUUGGGAAGAUCCUGUUGAAUCUCCAGACGUAAUGGCUUCAGAUUUUACAUGUCCAAUGUUUGAAACUCCUGAAGCAGUGCUUAACGGUGCUAGGUUCAUGGCUGCAAUGGAGAUAAGCUGUGAGCCAUGUGUCAGGAAACAUGUUCGUAGAAUUUUUAUGGAUAAAGCUGUAGUAUCCACCUGCCCAACCCAAGAAGGAGACAAGACAAUAGAUUCUUUUCAUCUGUUUUAUGGGGUUAAGUGGCUGAGAGACAAGCCACUUGACCAAUUUCAAGAAGCACAGUGGCUUCUUAUUCUUAAAGCAGAAGAGGAGAAGCUCCUUCAAGUUACCAUAAACUUACCAGAAAAUGUUAUGAAUAAGUUGGUCACCGACUCUCAAGAAAUUUAUCUUACUGGCAGUAGUCAUGGGUCUGCUCGACUAUGGGAUGAGCAACGCAAGUUAAUAAUUCAGGAAGCAUUUUUAAAGGUUCUUCUUCCUUCAUUGGAGAAAGAAGCUCGAGCCUUGUUGAUCACCAGAGCAAAGAGUUGGCUGCUUAUGGAAUAUGGAAAGCAAUUGUGGAACAGAGUGUCGAUUGCACCAUAUCAGCAGAAGGAAUACGCUGCUGGACAGGAGGAAGGUAUUGCACCAAGAGUCGCGGCUUGCUGCUGGGGUCCUGGAAAGCCACCAAUUACAUUUGUAAUGUUGAAUUCAUCUGGACAAUUGCUUGAUGUGUUGGAAGCCAGAUCCCUUAGCCUGCGGUCACAGGAUGUUAUUGACCAGCAACGGAAGAAAUAUGACCAGCAACGUGUCUUCAAGUUCAUAUUAAAUCAUAGGCCAAACGUUAUAGUCCUUGGUGCUGCUAAUGUGUGUUGCACAUGGUUGAAGGAUGAUAUUGAGGAGAUUAUACUUCAGGUGGAAGAAAACACUACAGAUAUUGGCCAAAUGAUAGAUAAAAUCAACAUUGUUUACGGAGAUGAAUCAUUUGCUCAGCUUUAUGAAAAUUCAAAGAUUUCAUCAUCCCAACUGCCUGGACAACAAGGCAUUGUUAGACGAGCUGUGGCUCUAGCGCGUUACCUCCAAAAUCCGUUGGCUAUGAUUGCAACACUGUGUGGACCUCAGAAAGAUAUUGUUUCUUGGAAGCUUAACUCCUUGGAGCAUUUUCUGACUCCUGUUGAGAAGUAUGACAUGAUUGAAAUGGUAUUGGUGGAUGUUACCAAUCAGGUAGGCAUGGAUGUAACUUUUACAAUGAGCCACGACUGGCUUUUAGCUCCCCUCCAAUUUGUCUCUGGGCUUGGUCCUCAAACAGCAGCCUUUCUACAUAGGGAAUUAAUUGGGGGUAAAAUGGUUAACAAUCGAUAUGAUUUGGCAGACUGUGGAUUGAGAUCAAAGAAGAUUUUCUAUAAUGCAGUAGGCUUUUUGCGUGUCCGUGGUAAUCAGCUGCUUUCUGCUGCCAAUGAAUUUGGUCUAUUGGAUGAUACAAGAAUUCACCCUGAGUCAUAUGGUCUUGCUGAAAGUUUGUCUAAGGCUGUCCAUAAUGAUGUUGCUCAAACACAGCCCCUAACAUACAUUAAGAACAAUCCACAGCUGUUGAAUGACUUUGAUAUUGAUGAUUAUGCUGAUAAUUAUGCAAUAGAACAGGGAGAAAACAAAAGAGAAACUCUUCAUGAUAUAAAAAAUGAACUGCUGCAUGGAUUUCUCGAUCCUCGUAAGCCUUAUGAAAAACCAACUAAGGAUGAGCUAUUCUUUUUGAUAUCAGGCAAAAAUGAGGAUGCAUUCGCUGAAGGAAGAAUUAUUCAGGUUACUGUUCGCCGAGUUCUAUCACAACGAGCAUUUUGUGCUCUUGACUUUGGAUUGACUGGAGUAAUAAUGAAGGAUGAUUUUUUGGAUGGGACUGAUGAUUUUUCUUUGACAGACAAGUUACAUGAAGGUGAUGUCGUUACUUGCAAGAUUAAACAACUUGAAAAGAGUAGAUUCCAAGUGCUUCUAACUUGCAAAGAAAGUGAGCUGAAGAGUUGCAGAUAUCAAAAUUUUCGUGAGAUUGAUCCUUACUAUCAUGAAGGCAAGAACAAAUUGUCAAGACAGCAAGGUGAAGCCUGCAAGAAUGACCUUGCAAAGAAACAGUCCAAGCAGAGGACUAUUAAUCAUCCACGCUUUAAAAAUAUCACUGGGGACGAGGCAAUAGAGUUCCUUUCUGACAAGGAGAUUGGUGAAUAUGUUUUUCAUCCAAGUCCAAGAGGCGUCUAUUAUUUGGUACUAACUCUGAAAGUCUAUGAUGGAGUUUAUGCUCACAAAGACAUCAUUGAAGGUCAGAAGGACCAUAGAGAUAUCAAAAGCUUGCUCCAUAUUGGGAAAAAAUUGAAGAUAGGAGAUAGCAUUUUUGGGGAUUUAGAUGAGGUUAUGGAUCAAUAUGUUAAUCCAUUGGUAACUCACCUUAAGACAAUGAUAAACUUCAAAAAAUUUAUGAGGGCUUCAGAGGCAGAGGUUGAUGAGCUCUUAAGAGCUGAGAAGUCAGAACAUCCAAUGAGGAUAGUUUACUGUUUUGGUAUUUCUUAUAAGCAUCCUGGCAAUUUCAUCUUGUCCUACAUAAGAACAAUCCUACGUCAUGAAUAUAUUGGUGUGCAGCCUGAGGGAUUCAAAUUUAGGAGGCAGAUUUUUGGGAAGAUUGAACAGGUUGUGGCAUAUUUCCAACGACACAUUGAUGAUUUACUGCAUGGCCCAACACUAACAGGAAAUCCCUCAUCUGGUUAUUCCACUGGAGCAUCCAUGGGCAGUGGUAAUGAAGGUUGGCAAGGCCAGUUAAAUUCAACCAGAGAUGAACCUUCAACCACUGGCUCCAGAGGCAGAAAAUAUUAUAGUAGGGAUGGAGAUGAAAGAAAUAGCCGUCCAGGUGGAUUGCCUCUGCCAAAUGGUGGCCGUGGCCAUGGACGUGGGGCUGGACGUGGACGAGGACAAGGACGAGGACGAGGACAAGGACGUGGAUGUGGACCAGGACGUGUCUCUAGUGAUAAUGAGCCAUCUGACAGCAGCAACCGAAAUGGAGAUAGCUGGAAUGGGAAUGGCCUUGGGGGCAGAAGCUGGCAGGGGCAGGUGCAUGGCAACAGUUGGAAUGGAAGUGAUUUUGGAUGUAACUGGAGCACAAAUCCUAAGGAUAAAGGUGUGGAUGGUGAUGGAAAGAGAAUGUUUUCUGAGGGUAAUGGAAGUGGUGGAAGUUGGGGUGCCAACCCUUCUGGUGGAAACAGUUGGAAUCUGUCUGGGAAAGCUGGGAAUGAUGAUGGAGCCAACCCGGGCAGGAAUGGUACUGAUUCACAGGGUAUUCUCGGAAGUGGUGCUGCAAGCGGCAAUGACUGGUUGGUUGGAAGCAGUAACUUUGGUGGGAAUGGUGGGUGGGGAAAUAAGAACAGCUCUGGUGGUAGUGGAGGUGGUUUUAACAAUGAUACAGAGGCUGGGACUACUGGAUGGGGUUCUAAAUCUGGGAAGAGCUCCUCUUUCACAGGUGGUGGGAGUGGAUGGUCCUGAAGUGCCAGUAGUGAUCUGGCCAAUUCCUCCUAACUUAGAUUGUCUAUUCCAAACUUAUACCAAGGCAUAUAGAACAACUGCAACUCCUUUUGUUUUGUUUUGGAUUUUUUUUUUUUUAAAUCUUUUUGCUGUAAUUGUUGAAAUGCAUGGCUAACAAGUAAAAACAGAAGAAAAACAGCCUGACCUCCCUUUAUGGAAAGUCAAUUAGAGACAUCUUUAUGCGACUUUUUGAUCUUUGAUAGGAAAGGAUUCAUAUUUGAUGAUAAAUACUCUCUUUUUUCCA